GUGUUUAGUGCCUGUUUUCCUGUAUCUCCUACAGUGUCGCUAUAACAAAUAAUCCUGCAUAAAAAAAUACGAUUAUAAAUGUGAACACAAUAAAGUUUUGUGUCAAUAACCAAGGCAACUUGGCCAAAAGGACCAAGCAGCAUAUAUGCUGGCGAAAAACAACUCGGAACAUUAUCAUUUGGAAGCUUAGAAGGCGUUAAACGCAUUUAAGCCGGGUCAAGUAAGUGGCUGAGAGGACAAAGGACCUCGUUUGGCCUGCGGUCAGUUGAAAAGUCCCGUUGGAGAAACGCAAUCACUAAGAAAUCCCAAGGAUAUCAACCAACAGGGAGUGGAGAAAGAAAUCCAUUUAAACGAUACGGGCUUAGUUAGUGGAAAAGAUGCUGAACAACAUCAUGGUACAGAAUGAGUGACCACGACCACAUCGAUUCGGUUAAUGGCAGCGGGAGUGGGGUGGAUCCCCUCCUGGCACUUCACAACCUGGAGGGCAUCAGUGACAGCGUGGAGCUGCAGUGCCUGGUGCAGGAGCACAUCGAGGCCUCCACCUACGGCAACAAUAGCGACCACUGUCUCACCCAGUUUGACUCCAUCCUAUGCUGGCCGAGGACGGCCCGUGGAACUCUAGCCGUACUCCAGUGCAUGGACGAGCUGCAGGGGAUUCAUUAUGACAGCACCAAAAACGCCACUCGAUUCUGCCACGCCAACGGGACAUGGGAGAAGUACACCAACUACGAUGCCUGCGCCCACCUACCGGAGCCGGCGACAGUGGACGAGUUCGAGGUCAUCGUGGAGCUGCCCACCAUUAUCUACUAUAUCGGGUAUGCCAUCAGCCUGGUGUCUCUUACGCUGGCGCUGAUUGUUUUCGCCUACUUCAAGGAGUUACGUUGCCUUCGCAACACCAUUCACGCCAAUUUGUUCUUCACGUACAUCAUGUCGGCCUUGUUCUGGAUACUCUUGUUAUCUGUUCAGAUCUCCAUCCGAAGUGGACUGGGCACUUGUAUCGCCCUGGUCACGCUUUUUCACUUCUUCACGCUGACGAACUUCUUUUGGAUGUUGGUCGAGGGCUUGUACCUAUACAUGCUGGUGGUCAAGACCUUCUCGGGGGAUAAUCUGCGAUUCAAUAUAUAUGCCUCCAUAGGCUGGGGUGGUCCGGCCUUUUUCGUUGUCACCUGGGCGGUGGCCAAGAGUCUCACGGUUACCUACAGUAGCACCAAAAACUAUGACAUCAGCUGCCCCUGGAUGGAGGAGACCCAUGUGGAUUGGAUAUUCCAAGGUCCUGUCUGUGCGGUGCUAAUCAUUAAUCUCACCUUCCUGCUGCGAAUCAUGUGGGUUCUCAUUACCAAACUGCGCUCGGCCAACACAGUAGAGACCCGCCAGUACAGGAAGGCGGCCAAGGCUCUACUGGUGCUCAUCCCCCUGUUCGGCAUCACCUACCUGGUGGUCCUGGCAGGACCUUCCGAGUCUGGUCUAAUGGGUCACAUGUUUGCCGUUCUGCGGGCCGUUCUCCUCAGCACACAGGGCUUCUCGGUGUCGCUGUUUUACUGUUUCCUCAACUCGGAGGUGCGGAAUGCUCUAAGACACCACCUCUCCACGUGGCGGGACACGCGAAACAUCCAGCUGAACCAAAACCGACGUUACACCACGAAAAGUUUCAACAAGGGCGGUGGCUCCCCUCGUGCCGAAAGCAUGCGGCCACUAACCAGUUACUACGGACGCGGCAAGCGGGAGUCGUGCGUAAGCUCGGCAACCACCACAACGCUGGUGGGUCAGCACGCCCCGCUCACCCUGCACCGCGGCUCCACCAACGCACUGCACACAAUGCCCCACACUCUGGCGGGGAACGCCAUGGGCUCCGGCAGCACUCUGAGCGUCAUGCCGCGGGCCAUCAGCCCUCUGAUGAGGCAAGGACUGGAGGAGAACUCGGUGUAAACGAUUUUAGCCAGGCAACUGCAUCUUAAGAGACUGAACUUUCAUUGAAUUCCAUUUCCAAGUCGGAGAUCUGCGAGUGCGCUUAGUUUAGUUAGUAGGAGACCUAAGUGAGAAGGACGAAGGACGAUGAAAGGACGCAACCAAGUACCAAGCAGAGCAACCACAAACCAAAAACCAACCUAAGCUAAGUCAAUCGUUUUAAACUGUUAAAUGUCGUCUAUUGUGAAAAGCUGAGAGCCCUUCCCCUAACAAAUAAUAUAAAAUAAGAUCCUUUACGCUAAAUGUAUAUCUCAGAAUGUAACUCAAUGUGCAAAUGAAAUCAACAAAAUCUCUGUAUGGAUAGCAAAUCUGAGCAUCUAAAUAAAUGGUCUAUUUACUUCGGUGUA